ACUUAUGUGACAUGAAAGAAGAGAGAGAGAGAGUGAGCAGGAAUAUAAAGGGAUAAAAGGAAGACAUUUGGAGAGACGCAGAGACGAAGAGAGAGGCAUCACAGGAAACCCGUGCGACACAAGCAGUCAUGCCUGAGGCCAAGAAGGCAGCGGCUAAGAAAGACAAGGCUGCAGCACCACCUGCUGGCACAAAGCCAGAGGUUAAGCCCCCAGAGGUGGAUGAAGCGAGCGCCACAGAUGACGAACUUCCUCCACAUGAGCCCACUCCAGGGGCGGAGCCAGAGCAGACAGAGCUCACAGGUCUCUUUGUGGAAAGACCUGAGAACACUGUCGCCAUCAAAGGGAAAGACAUCACAUUUAUAGCCAAAGUAGACUCUUCCAACCUGUUGAAGAAACCUGCCAUCAAGUGGUUGAAGGGGAAGUGGAUGGACCUUGGCAGCAAGGCUGGGAAGCAUCUGCAGUUCAAGGAGACCUAUGACAGGAACACCAAGAUCUAUACAUUUGAGAUGAAGAUUGUCAAGGUGGUGGAUGCAGACGCAGGUGGCUACAGGUGUGAGGUGCUUUCCAAGGACAAGUGUGACAGCUGCACAUUCGAGAUCACUGUGGAGGCUGCCCAAGAGGAGCAACAAGCGAACAUUCUGGCAGCAUUUAAAAGAUCGGGUGAGGCUGGAGAGGAUGAAGGGGAACUGGACUUCAGUGUUUUACUCAAGAAAAGGGAGGUAAAGCAGGAGGAACCUAAGGAGGACGUGGAUGUGUGGAACAUUCUAAAGGAUGCUAAGCCUUGUGACUAUGAAAAGAUAGCUUUCCAAUAUGGAAUUACAGACCUAAGGGGCUUGCUGAAACGGCUGAAGAAGAUGAAAGUGGAGCCAAAGAAGUGUGAUGCCUUCCUGAAAAAGCUUGAGACAGCCUACUCUGUCGACAAAGGCAAGAAGAUCCAACUCUCUUUGGAGAUAGCUGAUCCCAAUGCGCAGCUCAAAUGGCUGAAGAAUGGAACCGAGAUUAAACCUUCUGCCAAGUACGUGUUUGAGAGUGUGGGAAACAAGAGAACCCUCACAAUCAACAAAUGCACUCUGGCAGACGACGCAGCCUAUGAGUGUGUGAUUGGGGAAGAUAAGAGCUUCACUGAGGUCUUUGUCAAGGAGCCCCCUGUGACCAUCACAAAGCUUCUCGAUGAUGUCCACGUGGUGGUGGGAGAGAAAGUGGAGUUUGAGGUAGAAGUGUCUGAAGAGGGAGCCAACGUCAAAUGGAUGAAAGAUGGCGUAGAGCUGUCAAGAGAUGGAAAGUAUCGCUUUAAGAAAGAUGGGAAGAAGCACUGGCUAAUAAUCAACGAGGCAACCAAGGAGGACAUAGGAAUGUACCAAAUCUUCACCAAUGGGGGGGAAUCCAAAGCCGAACUGGAGGUUGAAGACAAGGAGCUGGAGGUCCUUCAGAGUAUUGCAGACCUAACUGUGAAGGCGGCUGAGCAGGCCAUGUUCAAGUGUGAGGUGUCUGAUGAGAAGGUGACAGGGAAGUGGUUUAAGGAUGGUGUGGAGGUGAAGGCCAACAACCGCAUCAAGAUGGCCCACAUAGGGAGGAUCCACAAGCUGACAAUAGAUGACGUGAAGCCAGAGGAUGCGGGAGACUACACCUUUGUGCCGGAAGGAUAUGCACUCUCCCUCUCAGCUAAACUCAACUUUCUGGAAAUCAAGAUUGACUACGUGCCUCGUCAAGAUCCACCCAAGAUUCACUUGGACACCACUGGAAACAUGGUGAACAAAAACACCAUCAUUGUCGUUGCGGGCAACAAGCUGCGUCUGGAUGUGGAAAUCUCAGGAGACCCUGCCCCCACCGUUUGCUGGAUGAAAGGAGACACGGUGAUCUCAGAGACCGAGGGACGUGUGAGGGUGGAUAACAGAAAGACAUUGAGCAGCUUUGUGAUCGAAGGAGCAGAGCGGGAAGACGGGGGCAAAUACAGCAUCACCGUAAACAACCCAGCGGGCGAGGACAAAGCUGAGCUGACAAUCAAGAUUGUAGAUGUACCCGACCCUCCUGAGGGUGUGAAGUGUAUUGGAGUGGGGGAGGAUACUGCCACUAUCACCUGGGAAGCCCCCAAAUUUGAUGGCGGCUCACUAGUAAAAGGCUACCUGAUGGAGAGGAAGAAGAAGGGCUCUUCUCGCUGGACGAAGCUAAACUUUGACAUCUAUGAGUCAACGACCUAUGAGGCCAAGAAGAUGAUUGAAGGAGUGCUCUAUGAGAUGAGGGUGUUUGCUGUCAAUGGCAUCGGUGUCUCCCAAGCCAGUAGCACAUCCAAGCCCUUCAUGCCUAUAGCACCCACCAGUGAGCCAACUCACCUCACGGUGGAUGAUGUCACAGAUAGUGGCUGCAAGCUGAAGUGGCGCCCCCCAGAGAGGAUAGGGGCAGGGGGCCUUGACGGCUACAUCAUAGAAUACCGCAAGGAGGGAGAUACUGAGUGGGUCCAGUCCAACCAGGAUCCUGUGGAUAAGAACAGCUAUAUGGUCCGUGGGCUGCCCACGGGAGAGAAGAUGGAGUUCAGGGUGAUGGCUGUGAAUAUGGCCGGCCGUAGUGCCCCAGCCAUUAUGGCGCAACCUGUCACUAUCCGUGAGAUUGUUGAACAACCUAGGAUCCGUCUACCCCGCCAACUGAGGACCAAGUAUAUCAAAAAGGUUGGGGAGAAGAUUAACCUGGUCAUUCCCUUCCAGGGGAAACCCCGCCCCAGUGUCAACUGGUUUAAGGAUGGGGAGCCUCUUGACGCCAAGAAGGUAUCUGUUCGCACCACGGAAGUGGACACCAUCCUGUUUGUUCGCUCUACUGAGAGGGAUCAUUCCGGGACAUACAUGCUGUCAGUGCAGAUUGAGAACAUGGAAGACAAGGCCACCUUCGAAAUCCGAGUCGUGGAAAAGCCAGGCCCCCCUAUAGCCGUGAGGGUGACAGACGUGUGGGGCUUCAAUGCAGCUCUAGAAUGGAAGCCCCCUAAAGAUGACGGCAACUGUGAGAUCACGGGCUACACCAUUCAGAAGGCUGACAAGAAAACAAAUGAGUGGUUCACUGUGUAUGAAAAAAACCGGCGUCCCAGCUGCACCGUGUCUGACUUGGUCAUUGGGAAUGAGUACAUGUUCCGCAUCUUCAGUGAGAACAUCUGUGGGCUGAGUGAUGAGGCUGGGCUCAGCAAGGAAACUGCAGUCAUCGCAAAGACUGGUCUGGCCUACCUGAAGCUUCCAUACAAGGAGAAAGACAUGCAAACAUCCCCCAAAUUCACUCAGCCAUUGCAAGAUAGGUCGGUCAUUGCAGGUUAUACUACCGCAAUAAGCUGCUCUGUACGUGGCUACCCCAAGCCCAAGAUCAUUUGGAUGAAGAACAGGAUGAUUAUUGGGGAUGACCCCAAGUUCCUCAUGCAGAACAACCAAGGGGUGCUGACCCUCAGCAUCCGUAAACCCAGCCUGUUUGAUGGGGGCAACUAUGCCUGCAAGGCCGUCAAUGACCUAGGGGAAGACAUGGUGGAAUGUAAACUGGAGGUUCGAGCCCUAACCAAAGAUAAAGAGGCAGCAAAGUGAGUGAGGGUAAGAAGCCCACCAAGGAGCCAAGAAGGAAAAAGAAGAGAGUAGAACUGAAAAAAGUAGAAUAAAUGAGGCUGUAAUCUGAA